AUGACUGUCAAAAAUCGCAAAAGAAUCAAGGCCCGGGACAACUCUCCCACACCUGAACCAAGUCAUCAAACCCCUUUGAGUAAUGGCAAGCAUUCAGCCACAAAAAAUAAGCACAACAAUGGAUUGCACCACAGCCGAAGUUCCAAAUCUUCAAAACAUGAGACUAGUGACAGGAAAAAAAAAACCUGGAAGGAAUCGCGACGCAUUGUGUUCUCACUAGGUGCGAUCCUGGGACUGGCAAUUGCGGUUUACGCAGGAGCAAUUGGCAGCAAGUCUAACGCAGCGUUAUUCGAAAAUUUCGUCAGCUUCGAGUCGUUCCAGGAAUACGUUGACGACUGGAAAGACGUGCUGCCUCAAACGUUCACGUCCAUGAUUUCGGACUUCCAACAGCGCAGCUCACAUUCGACAACACACAAGGAUCUCACUGAAAGCUUUGCCGUUGGCAAACAAUUGCAUCAAGAUCUACAUCUUCGCGAUAAGCAUCCUGUAAUUAUGGUCCCGGGAGUCAUCUCGACAGGUAUAGAAAGUUGGGGGCUUUAUGGGGACGAUGAGUGUCCCUCGGAACCCCACUUCCGCAAACGGCUUUGGGGUUCAUUUUAUAUGCUCAAGACAAUGGUUCUUGACAAGGUAUGCUGGCUGAAGCACGUCAUGUUGGACCCAGAGACCGGGCUGGAUCCCGCUAAUUUCACCAUGCGUGCAGCACAGGGGUUCGAAGCCUCCGAUUUCUUUGUGGCAGGUUACUGGAUUUGGAACAAAGUCCUGCAAAACUUGGGCGCAAUCGGCUACGAGCCUAACAAGAUGGCCACUGCUGCAUAUGACUGGCGUUUAGCGUACUUGGACCUUGAACGUCGAGAUAGCUAUUUUUCUAAGCUUAAACAAAAAGUCGAAUUGGAUUACAAACUGACUGGCGAGAAAGCGGUUCUGGUGGGCCAUUCGAUGGGUUCACAGAUUAUCUUUUAUUUUUUGAAGUGGGUCGAGGCAGAAGGUCCACUGUAUGGGAAUGGUGGGCCCGGUUGGGUGGAAAAAUACAUCGAUUCUUUUGUCAAUGUAGCAGGUACGUUGUUGGGUGUCCCCAAAGCCGUCCCGGCCUUGAUAAGUGGAGAAAUGAAAGACACGAUUCAACUCAAUGCUCUGGCCAUGUACGGUCUUGAAAAGUUUUUCAGCAGAAAGGAAAGACUUGAUAUGAUUCGGACCUGGGGCGGUGUGCCGUCGAUGUUGCCCAAAGGAGGAUCUCUGAUUUGGGGUGAUCACCAAUUAUCGGUGGAAGAUUCAUCUUUCAACGCGACUAGGUCGUUCGGAAGCUUCAUCAAAUUUGAGAAAAAAAACGAAAACCCUUUCCACCAAAACGGGUUCACCAUGAGCGAAGCAAUUGAUCUUUUGGCAGAUAUAUCUCCUUCAUGGCUUCGCAAACGUAUGGCCGAUCAGUAUUCAUUUGGGUACGCCAAGAGUGAAGAUGAAAUGCAAGAAAACGAGCGUCAUCAUUCACACUGGAGCAAUCCGUUAGAAGUUCCAUUACCGAAUGCUCCGAAUCUUAAUAUUUACUGCAUUUACGGUGUUGGAAACCCGACUGAGCGUGCUUAUGUCUACAAGCAAGAUCACGAGAGUUCGGAGCUUAACUUCACCAUAGAUUACGAAUAUCACCAACCCGUGGUGUUAACGGAUGGCGAUGGUACGGUUCCCCUUGUAACACACGCAAUGUGUCAGAAAUGGGCCCAGGGCGAGAGCCCGUACAAUCCUGGAAACUCUACGGUAAAAGUGAUCGAAAUCAAGCACCAACCUGAUCGGUUCGACAUAAGAGGUGGGGCCAAAAGCGCAGAACACGUUGAUAUUCUGGGGAGUGCAGAAUUGAACGAGUAUAUUCUGAAGAUUGCCGGUGGCAUCGGAAACACAAUAGAGCCCCGUUCGAUUUCCAACAUGACUCAGUGGGUAAAUGAAAUGCCGUUUCCCAUGUAA